UUUUCAGCUAUGACGGAAGUUGAAGAACACAGGUGUGAAGGAUUCCAGUGCGACAAACCGGCAAAACUUCGCUGUCCGACUUGCAUCAAACUAGGCUUGAAAGACUCAUAUUUCUGUGAUCAGACAUGCUUCAAAGCAAACUGGGCUGUGCAUAAGAACCAGCAUACCGAUCCCAAUGCUCCGUAUAACCCAUGGCCAAACUAUCAUUUCACUGGUCCGCUUCGUCCAGCAAAACUUACACCAAAGAGAACAGUACCGCAGUCGAUUGCACGUCCGGAUUACGCUUUCCAUCCUGAAGGCGUUUCGUUUGAGGAACGACAAGCAAAGUCAAAUCGAGAUGUAAAGGUCCUUGAUGACGAAGAAAAAGAGGGACUACGUGUGGCUUGCCGACUAGGUAGAGAAGUUCUGGAUGAAGCUGCUAAAGCUUGUGGUCCUGGCGUAACUACAGAGGAGAUUGACCGCGUUGUACAUGAAGCCUGCAUAGAAAGAGAAUGCUACCCUAGUCCGCUGGGGUAUCAUAACUUCCCGAAAAGUUGCUGCACUUCUGUUAACGAAGUUAUUUGUCAUGGUAUACCCGACUUGCGUCCAUUGGAAAACGGGGAUUUGUGUAAUGUUGAUGUAACUGUCUAUCAUCGCGGUUUCCAUGGAGACUUGAAUGAAACAUUUCUUGUUGGUGACAAAGUAGACGAAGAUUCGCGCAAACUUGUUCGUGUAACUUACGAAUGCUUACAACAAGCCAUUGCUAUAGUGAAACCUGGCGUUAAAUUCCGUGAAAUCGGAAAUGUUAUUCAAAAGCAUGCCAGUGCUAAUGGGUUUUCUGUGGUGAAAGCUUACUGCGGGCAUGGAAUUCACAGGCUCUUCCACACUGCUCCGAAUGUCCCACAUUAUGCAAAGAAUUCUGCUACGGGUGUCAUGAAGGCGGGUAAUUCGUUCACAAUCGAGCCUAUGAUCAACGCUGGCAGCUAUCAUGAUGACCGCUGGCCGGAUGACUGGACAGCUGUCACGACUGACGGAAAACGUUCGGCUCAAUUUGAACAAACUCUUCUUGUGACAGAACACGGAUGCGAUGUGUUGACAGCUCGCGAAGGGAAUCGGCCUUGGUUUAUGGAUCAGCUUGAUCAGUACUAUAGCAAAUAGGCAUGCAUUUGUCUUUCUCCUACCUCGUCACCUUUGCAGGCUUGACUUUUUGCAGGAUUUGUUUCUAAAUAUGCUAUACUUCGUUGAUUAUUUGAUGUAACUACCGCAUGCACGCUAUUCGUGUAUUUUUUGAGUUUGAUUUCUACUUGCAUGUGUAAUAUAUGACGGUUUUAAUGUUAUUUAUCAUUGAAAGAGAGAUUUUACUGUGCCUUGAGUGCAGCGUAUAUUCUGCACUACUUAUCCCGAAUUUUUUUUUCGCUCAUAAAUGUUUUUCUCACUAAGCCAUUCAUUGAGUUGUACAAGUUUGAUGAAGCAUUCCGUAUGCACUAGCUUGGGGAAAUCCUCCACGAGUGCAAGCGAUUCUUCUUCUCAGCUCUAUUAACAUGCCCAUAAAUUCACGAAAAUCCUUUCGUUUUUCAUUUCUCUGGAU